AUGCCCCCGCGCAGGUCCCAUAAGAAAUCCAGGGCCGGCUGUCGUCGCUGCAAGUCGCGCAAGAUCAAGUGCGACGAGGCUCGCCCGCGAUGCUCCAACUGCGACAAGCAUGGCGUCAAUUGCGACUUUGAGUUUCCCGAACUCGCCUCCGGCCUCUCGCCCAACGGCUCGCGCUCUCCCUCCGGCUCCAAGCCCGGCCUCACGCCCGUGACGAGACCCGCGUCCUCCAGAGCGGCUUCCCGACUGGCUGCCCGCACCUCCUCUUCUACUGCUUCGACCGCCACACUCGGCCCCCCACCACCGUCCCCCUCCUGCAUGUCAGCUCUCACCGCCACCACGCCCUCCACCCCCGCCGGCCGCAUUCUGGAGCUUCGUCUCCUCCAUCACUUCACUACUGUCACUUUUAAGACGCUGUCGUCGUCCAACGAAAAGGUCCAGACCAUAUGGCGCGACUUUGUACCCCGCGCUGCCUUUGCUGCCGCCAGUGGCUCCACGGCCACUGCCUCCAACCACCUGACUGACGGCAUCUUGGCCAUUGCCGCCCUGCACCUACGCACCCUGGCCCCCCAUGACCGCGAGCUGAUCAGCGCCUCUCACGCCUACAUGGCCUCGUCGCUCAGCGAGUACAAUCGUCUCCUCAAGCUCGGCAUCAACCCCUCCAACGCCGUCGCUCUCUUUCUCAACGCCGCCCUGAUUGCCUUCCAGUCGGCUGCUGCCCGCAUCUUCAACAAGGAGGAGCCGGCCGUCAGCAUUGCCGACAUUGACGAAGCUGCCGCCGGCCUGGCCGGUGCCGGUGCUGGCAAUCCUUCCAUCUCGCCUUCCUCUACUACUGCAAACUCCACAUCCUCGACAACGGCUGCUGCCGGCAACCCCGGCGCCUACGGCCUGCCCAUGUCCUGGUUCCAUGCCUUUCAGGGCGUCAAGACAAUCACGGCGGCCUCAUGGCAAUGGCUGCGCAGCAGCGACAUUGUCCUGCCCAUCAUCAACGCCCAGCCCCCGCUGCACUUGGACAUUGCUGCCGCACACGAGGGCUUCUUCGGCCACCUGCUCGACGGCCUCGACGAGGAGCUGACUGGCCUGUCCUGUACCGCCGGUGCCACCGGCAACGACGCCACGUGGACGCCCAAGUCGGUCUUUUCCUUUGGCCGGAGUCCGUUUACACAGAGCACAUCGGCCACUGGCAGCGAGUUUGAUGGCUCUUCCAGUGCCGGGCUGGACGACGGCCAGGGCCGGUCUCGUGUGCUCGAGAGCCCGCCGAUGAGCCGUCUGGGCGAGCUCAUGAACGAGAAUCUGUUUGGUGAGGACGACGACGUGGCCCAGCGCACGCGGCACGCGUACCAACAUGCCGUUGCCGUGCUCAAUUGGGCCCACAGCAGCCCUUAUAACGGGGCUUGCCUGGUUUUCCCGGCCACGGUGUCGCGGCAUUUUGUCGACCUGCUCGGCAGCCGGUCGUAUAGGGCCAUCACCAUCCUGGCCUGCUUCUUUGCCAUGCUGAAGACGCUCGAUCGGGUCUGGUGGCUGCAGGGCAUGGCGCGCCGCGAGGUGCUGGGCAUCGUGUCCAUGUUCAACUCGGACGCCAUCCCGAUGGACGUCGAGCGUCGCUGGUGGCCCCACGUGCAGUGGGCUGUGCGUGUGGCCCUGUACCACGACGACAACUCACCGACGGACUAUGUGCCGCCUGAUGUCUGGGGCUGCUCGCCGUGCUACGACGUGCCGGAAAACGGCCAGACACAUCGGGCGCCCGAGAGUUUUGUGAGCCACAUCGACAUGGUCUCGGAGUCGAUCAACGGUGGCGGGGCGUCGGUCGAGUUCAACUACCCCGGCCUGAUCUAG